UAAAGGGAUAACUUCAUAAAAUAAGAAUAAUUUCAUAUUCAGAAACAGGCUGAUCUCAUCUCAUGGCUUCACCUCUCUAAUUGCCUCAUCGCCCUCCACUUUGCUAGGGUUUAUCCAAAAAAAACCUCACUUUCUCGGCAUCGACAUCCUUUGAGUUUCAUUAGGUUCAUGCUGUUCUUUAGAUAUUCAUGGCUCGGGAUUGAGUGGACUUGUUGAAGGGCAGAAUGAAGCUGAGGGUGGUUUGUCGGAAAUUGUAUGAUUAUGUUCGAUACGAUCUCAAGGAAAUCGCUUUCCCUUCGUCUUUGCCCGAUCCUCCGCAUAUCAUAAAGCGGAGAAAGCUAACCUGGAAAGAAAGGUGGUCAGUCUUAAAGGAGGCCUCUAGGCUUUAUGCUGCCAGUUGGGUACGAGAUAUCGGUCCUGAUCUUAGGCCAAAUGAUUAUAAGAAGGAAGAUCAUGAGAGUGACAAUGAAACUCGGGACGAUGAUGCUAAAUCUGAGAACAAAGAACCUUCGACAUUAGAGGAUCUUGCCGUAGCGGCUAGAGGUGGAAUGGAGACUCUAAGGCCUGCUUUGCAAAGAGUGUAUAUGAUGCGCGCCGCAGCGUAUAGAGAUGCACUCAAGAGCUUCAUUGAAGGUUAUCAAGAAGGGAUAAAACAAGUCAUGGAAAGGAAGGAAAGUGCUCAGUCUCAAGAAGAAGAAAAUGGUCAGAAUAAGUCUACUUGAUUAUUAUCAUUUCUGUGAAAUCUUAUGAUUGAUUUGUGGAUCAAGAUUUGGCCAUCUUAUGACUUGUAUAAAUGCUUGAUGAUGUUGUUUGAUCUAGCAAUUUGGUCACUCUUUCAGUGAACUUUGGUAUUAUUUUUCCAGUGUGGUUAAUCAGGGAUUAAGUGGUAGAUGUUAAGUUUGUAAUACCAACUUUAUGGGAACUCAAUCUCUGUUUUGUUCAAUAUGUUAGUGUUUGGAUUUGGAUGA